AUGGGUGUGGAUGUUGGUAGCAAAGGGCUGGAGGCAAGCAUUUGGGCGUCCUCCAGCAACGGACCCUCACGAUACACGCCUCGAACUGGAGACUGGACCUGCCUUUCAUGUCGCUUUUCGAACUUUGCCAGUCGUCAGGCUUGCUUUCAAUGCUCGCUUCCAAAGGAGGAGGCUCUUCGGAGUGCAUCGCGAGGAAGUCCUGGUCAUCGAAAUGGGUUCAAGCCGCACAACCCCACCCCAAUAUUGGGUAUACCCAAUACCUCCUCUCCGAGCGGGAACAGAAUACAAACAUCGCACAAUACGCAUUCGAAUAUGCCAGUCAGAUGGAGCGAGAGCCGCAGGGGGCCUGCUCAUCCUUCGAUUAGCCCACUUGACAGAUUUGACUGCGAGAAAUACGGGCUUGCUACCAGUCGAUGGGCUCCUCGUCAUACCAAUGGAUGGCAGGAAAGGGCAGAUCGCCCAGAGGUUUUGACUAGGAUAGUUUCAGUAUCCAAGCCCGAACUUAACACGAAGGACGAUGAUCCUCGCCGCUCCUCGAAGUCGCCAGACCUUGGUUUACCUUACAAGGUACAACACUUCAUACUUAACAUGAUCCAACGAAUAAUAGAGGAGGGAUGCUAUGAUUUUGCAUCGAGGUGGAUACAGAACAUCCUGUGUGAGAAGAACUACACAUGUUCGCAGGAAGUCGAGCUCCCCGAGUGGAGGAGACUCCUACCAAAAUAUAUCCCAGGCAAAGCCAUUAACCCGACAUCUACUUCUAAUCUGGAGGGCGUAUUAGCAAAUACUGGACGGAUCCGAAACGCGGCCGUCCAUCGGCAUCUAUGUGACAAUGCGGACUUACGAAAAAUGGCGGGGCACGCUCAAGACCUUAUGUUCAUGUUCUCGGAUGUAACCAGGCAGGAAAAUUUUCAUCAGCUAAGGAUAGAGCUGGAUGAAUGGGAUAAGCUGAAUAGUGAUGACCCGCAAGCAGCAAGAAAUAGACUGGAAUCCGCGCUACAGGUAAUUAAUGAACUACCGAUGAAUGAUAUGGAUUGGACUCCAAAUGCGGAGUCCCUCAUGGAAAUAGGACCUGAGAUCAUAUCAGAACCUUCAAUGGGCGUUAGUCAGAGAAGCUCCAUACCACACCACUUUGGAGACGAAAUGCAAUUGGAUUAA